AUGCUCACAUUACCUUCCUUACCAUUUGAAAUUGUGAAUAUGGUUGUUGAAUACAAUAAAGAUGAUUAUGGAGCAUUGUUUUCUUGGCUUCUGGUUAGUAAACUUUGGUACAACAUUAUUAUACCGAUAUUAUGGAAGGAUCCAUGUUACUGUGAUAAGAGCUUUAUGACAAUAAUUAAAUGUUUAAUGGUAGAAGAUCAAGACUUUUUUGUAAAAAAUAAAAUUUGUUAUUAUCAAAAGGUUAGACUAUCAGAUUUGCCACAACCAUUACACAACUAUGCCAGAUUUGCUACCAUAUUGGAUCUUGAAAAAAUAAGAAAAGCCAAACCUGAUAUAUUGAAAGCUAGAGUGGUGGAUUUUCUUUUAAAGUAUACAAGAGUCAGAGUGCUUAAAAUUACCAAAGCAUAUUACAAAGGGCUUGUUGAGCAUAAAGGAUUCAAUACUAUUUUUAAAGAUAUUCAAGAAUUAAGUUGUCAUCUUUAUGAUGAUCCUAUUUUUUUUGAUAGGUUGGCAGUUAUUUGCAGAAAUAUUGAAAGUUUAAAAAUUACAAUUUAUAAUUCGACAUGUGGAUUGGAUGAGAGUUUGGCUCGACUAAUUAAAAAUCAAAAAAAAAUCAAGUCUUUAAUUAUUUGUCCAAGCAACAAAAUAACUUUUUCGGAGGAAUUCCAACAAGCGAUUGCAAUCCAUUCAAAUUCAAUUAUCCAUUAUGAAAGUUCCACAGACAAUAAUAUAGAUAUUCUGAUAGAAUCAUUUCGAAAUUUGAAAUCUUUGAAAUUAAUAAGUCAUAACAAAGAUUCCUAUUCGGCUGUUAAUAAAAUAUCUCGUAUAAAAUUUACCAAUUAUCCAAAUCUUGAAAAAGUGAAUGUUAAAAUUCAUAAAAAAAUUUUUUUAUUGGACAUGGCUGAAUUCAUAAAUACUAAUGGCAGUAAUCUUAAUACAUUGAUAAUUGAUGGUAGAGCAAAGGAUAAAGAAAGUUUAAACGUACUGAUAGAAUCAAUUGCUGAAAAUUGUCAUAAACUGGAGGUUUUGUCUAUUUUCUAUAAUGAUGAACAAGAUGAACAAUUUAUUAAUCUCUUGAAUAAUUGUACAAAAUUAAAAUCAAUUACACUUGACACAGGUAAUCUUCCUAAAAAAAAGAAACCUAAAAUAGCAGCAUACAAUGGGAACAACAUAUUAGCACUUUUAAAUCAAACAUUACCAAAAAGUCUAAAGACUUUGACAUUUAAUAAACCGGCUGAUUUGUCUGAUAAUUCAUUGUGGAUUUUAACUAAUAACUGGAAAGGUCCUAGGCCAUUUAUCAUUAAACGUCAUGGAUCCAAAGACUAUUAUUUGUGA